AUGUCAAAUCUCAUCCAACAGAACCAGACCUUACGCCUCCCCUUCUCACGUCUCAUCACCGCCUACCUCUGUCUCGCCUCUAUAUACUUCAUCUCCAUCCUCGACGUGAACUCCGUCGCCACUGCUCUCCCCGCCAUCUCAAAAUCCCUAGGCGGCGGUAACUCCAUCACAUGGACCGGCACGGCCUACGUGAUGGGCCAGACGGCCUUCCAGGCUUUGUACGGGCGACUAUCGGAUAUUUUCGGUCGCAAACCCGUGCUGAUGGCGUGCAUCGGGUCGUUGAUUAUCGGAGAUGUGCUGUGCGGGUUUGCAAGAAAUGUGACAUGGUUGUAUGUUUGUCGAGCGCUGAGCGGGAUCGGUGGAGGAGGCAUUAGCUCGCUUGUGCAAAUAACGGCGAGUGAUCUGGUUAGUUUGAAAAAGAGGGGGAAAUAUCAAGGGAUACUUAGCUGCGCCAUUGGACUGGGGGCUAGUACGGGGCCUUUCGUCACGGCUGGUUUGUUAAGUACUGGGCGUGAGGGCUGGAGGUGGGUUUUCUGGGUGCCUCCAAUGCUGGCUGCCGUUUGUAUGGCGGUCAUGUGGGUUUACCUACCUCUGAAGCCUGUCGCCGGCUGUUAUUCCGAUAAACUUCGGAAGAUCGACUGGUUCGGCCUGGUGACUGUAGUAAAUGGCGUGCUAUUUGUCUUGAUCCCAAUAAACUCAGGCGGAAGCAUCUUCCCCUGGAAUAGUGCCCUCGUUAUCACACUAAUAGUUGUGGGCGCCGCACUUUUGGUUCUUUUCGUUGUGGUCGAAAUAUGGAUCGCCAAAAUCCCUAUGAUCCCCUUACGGUUGUUCAAAAGGCUGUCCACGACUACUAUCUAUCUCCAAAGUGCCCUGUACAACGGGGUAUGGCAGAUAGACUUGUAUUUCUUGCCCAUUUACUUUCAGGAUGUGAGGAGUUUUACCCCUCUGCAAAGUGCAUUGUAUAUCUUGCCUCUUCUCCUCACCCAAAGCAUUGCUGGAAUAGCCGCCGGACAAAUCAUGUCCAGACUGUCUCGACCAGGGCCCGUGAUAUAUGGCGGACUGGCACUUUGGUUGCUCGGUGCUGGCUUAAAAGUCCUCUUCUCACGUACUACGCCAAUAGGUGUAUACGUUAUUUCGUUAAUCAUUGAAGGAGCUGGCGUUGGGUUUAUUCUGCAACCAGCCCUGGUCGCGUUACAAGCUCUGUCCAACCCGGAGGAUCGUGCAGUGGCCACGUCGACACGGAACCUGAUGCGGAUGUUAGGAUCCGUUUUCGGUCUGGCAAUCUCAACUACUGUCUCAUUCGAGGUUAUGAAGUCAGGAUUGCCGACCGAGAUCCCUGCUUCUCUCCGGGAUCGUGUAAUCGCAGGUACUUGGGAAAGGGGCGAACUGGGUUCGGAGCUAUGGGAGUCGGAUAUUAUGAACGCAAAAUUGAAAGGCCUGCACACCGUGUUUAUUAUGUUGGUCCCAAUUAUGGCACUAUGUCUCCUGAGUUGCAUUUUCAUUCCUAAUGUGGUGUUGAAGGGGGAUCCGAAGAAGAUUGACGCGAAGAAGAAGGUGGAAAACAUUAUAUCAGAACAGGGUAUUAGAUAGACUUUCACUG